ACGUAUCACCCCAAGCAACUUCCGUAUUUCUUUUCUUCCGUUUCUCUGUAGUUGACUGCAAACGGCCAUCAAAAUGUCGUCCCAUUUGAAUUGGAUGAUCAUUCGCAAUAAUAAUGCGUUUCUCUUGAAGAAACGUAACAUCAGCAAGCCUUUCUCCACGGAGCCAAACAACCUCACAAAUUUGAGUAGCUACCGUUAUUCCGGUCUUGUACACCGAAAGAGUGUUGGCAUUGUUGAUACUCCAGACAAAAAGGGUUUCACUGUUGUUUACAAGAAAGCGAAGUCUGGCAACAAGCCUGCUAAGGCUACGGUCAGGCGUACCAUGAAGUCUGGUGCACGUCGGUCGCUGUACAAACUGCGUACACUUCUCUCAGCUAACAAAUACAGAGUCGACCUUACAAAGGCUGCUCUGCGACGUGCUUCUGCUGUACUUCGUUCUCAGAAGCCUUUGCCUGCUAAGAAGACACGUGCUCCCAAAAAGGCCGAAUAAGCUGUACAAAUCAAUAAAAAAUUUUAAAUAAUA